CUCCUUCGACUUAGCUUGGAACACUUCUGUGGCGCAAACACGAUACUGAAAAUGUCUCCAAAUAUGACUUUUGAAAAUCUCCCAUCUUUCCCUCCAAGACUUACUAUUGCCAAAAGAAAAGACGCUGUUGCACUGAGAAAGACAAUGAAACCACUGAUGGAGAAAAGAAGGCGUGCGCGCAUCAAUGACAGUUUGAACCUGUUGAAAAGUCUCAUUCUUCCCCUCACAGGCAGAGAUAAAUCUCGCUACUCCAAACUGGAGAAAGCUGACAUCCUGGAGAUGACUGUGCGUUUUCUCAGUGAUAUCUCACCUAUUAACACCAAAACAGACAGUUACAGAGAAGGUUACAAAGCCUGUCUCCAGCGCGUCUCCGCUCAGCUCCCCAAAACGAACUUGGGUCCAGACGCGUGCCAGCGGGUCAACGACUUCGUCCACAAGUCCAUGUCUGCUCACUCCACCCCGACCUGCCAGAACUGCAGCGCGCAGAGCUCCGGGAGCUUUCCUCAGAUGCAUCAAAAACUCCUGAGCCUGAAAUCCAGCUUCAGAUCCAGGCUAGACAGCCAGCAGUCCCGCAGCGGAGCAGCAGCAGAUCCAUACCCGGAGGCAGACCCGGAGCCCCUCGGCGCUGCUGUGUGGAGACCCUGGUAGAUCUGUGCAGGUUCCUCACGAAAGCUGUAAAAAAAAUACACUGUAGUAUGUUUGAAAUUAGAAAAACGUGAUAAAAAGGUAGAACCAUUUGUAAAUAUGUAGCAUUUUUCCCAUUAUUUGUUGUUAAUUGCUCAUAAUUAAGUAUUAUAUACUUAAGUUUUACGCGCGAGUCUCUUGUCCUGUAUGAGUUGACAAUUUUAGACAGUCGUAUUUUUUCUUAAAUCCGCAUGUAUGUACACGUCAUAUAUUUAACAUUUAGUUCCGCAGGACUAAAUGAUAGAGGGCUAUUGAAACAGCCCCGUAAGACCCAAAGGGUCAUUGUGUGUAUAAAUCUGCACACCAGACUUCUGUUUACCAGUCUGUGCAGAUUGAUCAGUAGACACAAUGUGUCUCAGAGAGUAUCUCUUUGGGGAUGUGUUUUAUUUGAUUAAUUUUGCUAUAUUCAGCAAAUGUUGUAUACAUGAUGUAAAUAAAACUACAAUAUUGUGGUUA